UUUUCCCCUCUCAGGAGCAAGCAUUCUCCAUCCAGGGAUCUGACUGCAGUUAAAUCUGUGUGUCUGCUUCAUUGCUGGGGGACUUCCAGAAGGAAGACUAUGGAGAAACCUAGGGCAGCCAGAGAAACACAGCCAGGUUCUGGCUUCGGGCCAUCAAAGGGAGUUUGUUCAAGUUGAUUUUUGAGCAACAGAUAGUUUUGACUUGACAACCCCUUCCUCUGCAGACCUCGGCCAUAGCCUUAGAUCCAUGGUGGGUCGCCCCUGUGGACCCUCUCAAAGCUGAUGUGUGGCCUGCCUACUCUCUGUUGGAAGCUCGCCUUGCCUUUGGGUUGGGCAUGGCCCCCACCCUUGCACCAGUGACUGCUUCUUGGGUCUCUGCUGUCCCAAGGCAUGCUCUGAGAAUGCAGCAAAGCUUCCUCCGCUGCCAGCAGUGUGAAGAUGGGUGUCCCAUACCAGUACAGGCCAGAUGCCCCCUGGCCAGGAUGAACAUCUGUAUGGGACCUGGAGAGUUGCUCCCAGACAGGAAAAAUUUGAAAUCUUCAACCUGGGUUUGAAGACUGGGCACAGCCUGAAGAUCAAGGGCAAGAUAUCCGAUGAUACCGAUAACUUCAGCAUCAAUCUCGGCUGCAGGUCCUCAGAUCUGGCAUUUCACUUCAAUCCCCGGUUCGAUGAGUCUGUCAUCGUCUGCAACUCCAAGUGCUCCGAUGCCUGGGAGGCAGAGCAUCGCGAUGACCACCUCUGUUUCUCCAGGGGCUCCUCUAUAAAGAUUGUUAUUGAAAUGCUGGAAGACAAAUUCCAAGUGAAACUACCAGAUGGGCAUGAAGUGGAGUUCCCCAACCGGCACUGCUACAACAAGAUCAGCUACAUGAGUGUCAAGGGAGGCUUCAGGGUCACCUCCUUCAAGCUGGACUGAUGGGUGCAGCUUCCUGGCUCUAAUAAAAACCCAAGCAGUGGGAGACUGCUUGCUCCAGUACUUUGGCUUCUGUGACA